AUGGCGGCCCCCGGAACCGGCCCCGCGAUGGUCUACCAGCCCCUUGGCUCCGCUGCUUUGGGCCACGGCAGCGAUGACGAGGACAACGAGCGGAGGUGGAUGGUCAAAUCUGACCUCAUUACGGUGUUACGCAUUCUGGUUACUCUGCUCGCCUUCGCCGAUAUCGUGACCUGGCUUUCCUUGGGUCUUGCCAGCGGCACCCUCGUUGUUGCCUUCAUUGCGCUGUUUCUGGUUGUUGGUUGGAACCUUACACUGGUUCUGCCCCGAUCCUCCUUUACGCGGUCACUCCCUGCCGUGGUUUGCCAGAUCGGUGACUGUGUUUGUGGCUUUGGCGGUGACCACAACCAAGAUGACCGGCCCAGAAAGCCGAAGAGCCGAAAGCAGAGGCGGGCGAAGCUGAUCUUCAUUGCCUUGGUUGACUUGGCCUUGGGGCUCAUUAUCGUUAUCUUUAUGUGGGCGCUGGAGCUGGUUCUGGCUAUACUUUCCCUCGUCGCUUGCUUUUGGACCCUGGGCUUGGAGCUCGGUGCUGUGUUGAGGAGCAUCGAUGAACCUGAGAAAUACACUCGCAUCCAGCUCGCCCCUGAUACCGAGGACCGCAAGACCGCUGGCAGAACCGUGUCUGUGUCUGCUUGA